CGCAAAUAGCAGUCAUGUAAAAUAAACAUUUUUUAACUUGAUUAAAUAACUAGUAAUAUCCAACGAGUGGUAAACAAUAUUUACAUUGAGUCAAUUUUGUAUUAAAACACGUGUAACACAGGGCCAAGGUAUAUAAAGGAUGUUGAAUUACACGAAGGGUCCCAGUUACUCCUUCCACAAUGAAACUAGCAGUGGUUCUCGUGUCCUUGUUCGUAUACGUUUCAGCCAAGUCAUACCUUCAUGACUUGUCUGACGCAAAUCCCGCCUAUGGAUACUUAACAAAGUACGGUAUCCCCGAGGGUGAGAGGAUCCAAAAGGCCGAAGAAGAAUUCCUAAGGACACCGUCUGCUAAAAUUACUGGUGGAUCUCCUGCUGCUAUUGGACAAUUUAAAUAUCAGGCGGGUUUGAUAAGCGAUAUCGUCGGCAUAUCUGGCAGAGGUGUAUGUGGCGGUUCUCUCAUCAGCCCUAAUCGAGUCCUGACCGCUGCUCACUGCUGGUACGAUGGCAGGAACCAAGCUUGGAGAGUAACCGUCGUUCUUGAUUCUAUCCUCCUCUUCAGCGGUGGUACAAGAAUUGAAAGUACCGAUGUCCAAACACACCCUCUAUGGUUUCCGCUACUUAUUGUAAAUGACAUUGCUGUCAUCCGGCUGCCUAAAAAGGCACAACUAUCCAACACUGUUGGAACUAUUGCCUUACCUACCGGAUCUCUUAGUACCGAAAACUUUGUCGGUGAAGCUGCAAUUGCGUCAGGUUUCGGAAUAACUAAAGAUGGUGGUGGUAUUUCCAACGAUCAGUUCUUGAGUCACGUCACCAUGAAUGUAAUUUCAAAUUCAGUGUGCUCACUGGCUUACCCAGUAGCUAUCCGACCAUCAAAUAUUUGCACCAGAACAAUCGGAGGAACUAGCACCUGCAGAGGAGACUCUGGUGGUCCUCUCGUCGUUCAAAGGAAUGACAAACCAGUAUUGAUUGGGUUAACUUCUUUCGGAUCUGCUUUCGGCUGUGAAAUUGGUUUCCCCGCUGCAUUCGUCAGAGUGACAUCAUACCUCGAUUUCAUUAACCAAAAUCUUUAAGUUAAAAUAUUACUGA